GUGCGUGUGAGCGAGCCCGCCGUAUGGCUGCAGCGCAUUAGCCGUGUUAGCCUCGUGGCGGAUCAAUCGGAUUAUUAUUAAUAUUCUCGGAGAUUUAUGGAUCAAUAAUCGAUCAUGGCGAAAUACAUGAGACCCCAAAACAGCUCGCUGUUCGUCAGGAACAUCUCAGACGACUUCCGGCCAGAAGAUCUGCGGAGAGAGUUUGGUCGAUAUGGGCCCAUUACAGAUGUUUACAUCCCUCUGGAUUUCUACUCACGCCGACCCAGAGGAUUCGCAUACGUUCAGUUUGAGGAUGUGCGGGACGCGGAGGACGCCAUGCACAACCUGGACAGGAAGGUGGUCUGUGGCCGGCAGAUCGAGAUCCAGUUCGCACAGGGAGACCGGAAGACUCCCGGUCAGAUGAAGGCUAAAGAGCGUCGCUCCCCCUGCAGUUUCUCCGAUGGCCGCCGGAGACGCUCCCGCAGCCGAAGUUAUGACAGGCGCGGUUCCCGCAGUCCGCCAAGCAGGGGGCGCUACAGGAGGUCCCGCAGCCCCCGAGAGUCCAGAGGACGACAUUACAGCAGACGCAGCAGGAGCAGAGAGUAUGAGCGACACAGAUCAUCUCGUGAUCAUCAUCGAUCUCGCCCAGACAGCCGCUCCGCCUCUCCGUCUGAGCCCCGCCCCAAACGGAUUGACCGCCGGGGGUCCGGAGAUCACCGCUCACCCUCCGAGAGUCCGAGAGAGCAGACCGAUCCUGUGGACGCCCAGAACGACGUCCAGGACUCAGAACCUCAGGAGACACGACCUCCGUCUCUCACUCGCUCUCGCUCGGCUUCGCGCUCCGUCUCCCGGUCCAGAUCGCGCUCGCGGUCCAGGUCCUGGGCUCGGCGGCAGUCUUGAGGAACUCUGGGUCACCUGAGGAAGCAGGAGCAGCUCUUUAAAGCGAACAUUUCACAGUAAAUCUGCUUCCGCCAAAUGUUGUCAGACAAGACGUUUUCAGUGUCUGAAGUUUGCUUCUUUAGUUUAGAGCUAGUGUAGCCAGCAAUCAUGCAAGCUUCUUCCCCACCAGUUAGCAUUUAGUAGCCAGAAACCAGCAGCGGGUUGUCCUACACGCUGCCCCGUCCGCACAUUUUACUGUUCUUCUGCUUAAAAUAGAAACAGCUCAACCACACAGGCUGAUGUUGCCAUACCAAGCCAGUCGCCACCAGUGAGCGUGGUGUCAUUUUCAUAAUGCUACAGUUUGCUUCUUAAGCUUUAGCACCAAAGCUCUGAGGUUAAUCCAGCUAGUGAGUACUGGAAGCUUAAGCUGUGUCAAGUCAGCAAAGUUCUGACUUCAGGCUGUUUAGCUUUACUAACGUACUUCAGUGCAUGUUUCUAGGUAACAGCGAGUCAUAUCGAGUCAGAAACCUCAUGAUGAAGUCUAUUAGAGACGCUGAACAGCUCCACCCAGUCUGAGGAGAUUCAGGCAUGCUAAUAGGUGGAGAAUAAGCUGCCAUUACCUGUUGGCUACAUUUCGCCUCGUAACUAGGGAUUUCCAGUGUUUAGCCCAGAUCUUAAAGUGGUACCACUUCAGAGUAAGACUGUCCUUCUAGAGGACUUGUGAAUGGUUUUAAAGUAGUUUAUUAAUGGUUAUUGAUUACGUUACGAACACCUCAAUAAACAAAAAUAAAUGGUUACAACAGGCUAAUGUAAAGGGCAAAAGUGAGCUAUUAUGUGAUGAAGCUGACCAGUUCAACGAUGACUGAUGAAAAAGACCAAGUUUGGUUGAUGACCAGCAACGCCUGAGCUUGCACAGCGUGGACAAUUGUGUUUUCAUUAUGAGGCAGACAGCAGCUCACUGUUUUAUUUACAUGGCUUAUUAAUGACUUUUAAAGGUGUGUAUGACCUAAUUGGUAACCAUUACUAAACUUAUUUUAAGCCAUUUGUGAACCCUUUAUAAGGGUAGUCUUAUCCUAAAGGGGUACCCUGAAAGUAUCGGCCAAUACGGAGUACCAAUACUGAUAGUAACUGUAAAGUAUCUGCUGGUAACAGUAACUGUGACACAACUGGCUUAUAAACGCUGAUAUUUACACAACUCCACCUUUUAAAUGUAGUAUUUUGGUAAAAGCUGUGUUUUUAUCUCCCACAUAAGACAUGUUAGUCUUCACUUAGUGGUUUACAGGUUGGAUCAUUUCACACUUGGGAGGUUUCAGAGCUGUGAAACGUAUGUAUUGAUUUCAUGGAAUUUUUCAAAAAUUCCCCUGUAUUUCAGACGUUUUUACAGUGGUGGUGAU